AUGUCCAUCGAGCCACGCCUUCCCAUCGACUUGGAGCGGCACAUCUUCAUGCUUGCGGCGGCCGCGGAUCCUCUCAGCACGUAUACCCUGAUGCAAGUUGCGUGGCGGGUGAAGGAAUGGGUGGAACCUGUGCUCUACCGCUCAGUGAUAAUCGACGCCCCGGACUGCUCCUCGCCGCCGGCACUUCUCACGAUUUCCCGUCACGACGUACCCCAGUUUCUUACGUCCGAUGGCCACCAUCUGGAGGCCACUCAAAAUUUACUGCUGUGCCCCGUGCGCUUAUCUGGCAUCGAGAUCAUGAACGUCCUCCGGGCGUGUACUAACGUUCAGGACCUCACGAUCACCAGCGAAUUCUUCAUCAACGGUGCACUAGACCUGCUGCAGCCUGGCCAGCUCCGACGAUUCCGCGGGGGAGUUGUCGACCCUGUUCGAGUCGUACCAUCGCCUGUCGCGGGAGCCGCGCCUCUCCCGGCUAACCCACCUGUAUCUAUCGUGCUGCGCAGAGAAAAACUUCCCGUGGACCGACAUUCUCCGCUUGCCUGCCCUCACACGUCUCGCAAUUGA